AUGCCAGCUCCCACUGCACUGUUACUACGGCCUGAAGAAGUAGUGGAGGCUGCUGCGAACGUUCCCCUACCUGUGGAAGAUCAGGAUGACGAAUUUUUACUCGAUGCGCCAGAUGCUGUACCAUCAGAGACCAGUGCUGUUCAGCCAGCGGAAGGAGAUACUGAGAUGACUGUGGACGAAGAAGGACGGCCUAAAUUCCCAGCUGCCAAGAAUACCGAUGGACCACGACGAGUCGAAACCAGAAAAGUCCCUAUUCCUCCUCACCGCCUGUCUCCUUUGAAAGCAGCCUGGGCAAAACUGUACCCACCACUUGUCGAGCACCUCAAGCUGCAAGUCCGUAUGAAUACCAAGAAUAAGGUAGUCGAGCUACGGACCUCCAAGCACACAACCGACCCAGGAGCGCUGCAAAAAGGUGAAGAUUUCGUGAAGGCUUUCUCUCUUGGCUUCGACGUGGAGGAUGCGAUAGCAUUGCUCCGUCUCGACGAUUUGUACAUCGAGACUUUCGAGAUCAAAGAUGUAAAAACUUUGCAAGGGGAGCAUUUAGGGAGAGCUAUUGGCCGGAUAGCGGGGAAAGAUGGGAAGACGAAAUUCGCAAUUGAGAAUGCGUCAAGGACGAGGGUUGUACUUGCGGAUUCUAAGAUACACAUCCUAGGCGGAUUCAAGAAUAUUCAUAUUGCGAGGGAGGCAAUUGUGAGCUUGAUUUUGGGAAGCCCGCCCGGGAAGGUGUAUGGGAACUUGAGGACUGUGGCGUCGAGGAUGAAGGAGAGGUUUUGA